GGGCGCCCUCGAGCUGGAGUAUAUUGGCCCGUCGCCGCGCCAGUGCUGGACGCUUUUCUUCAGACAGACAUAGCUUGAGAGAGAGCGAGAGCGCGAGCGAGAUACGAUGGCAGCCUCCAUGAUCACCUCGCCGAUUGUGGCGCCGACGAGCCUGCCGUCCCUCUCCCGCCGGGGCUCCUCCUUCGCCGUCGUCUGCAGCGGUGGCAAGAAGAUCAAGGUCGACAAGCCCCUCGGACUCGGAGGCGGCUUGACCGUCGACAUCGACGCCAACGGCAGGAAGGUCGGCAAGAAGGGUGUCUACCAGUUUGUUGACAAGUACGGCGCCAACGUCGACGGCUACAGCCCAAUCUACACGCCAGAGGAAUGGUCCGAAUCUGGUGACCGCUACGCCGGUGGAACGACCGGGCUUCUUAUCUGGGCCGUCACCCUCGCCGGCCUGCUCGGCGGCGGCGCCCUCCUCGUCUACAACACCAGCGCUCUCGCCGGCUAAGAAAGCAUCUACCUGUAACACGGGGCCGAGUUUCUACUCUGUAAUCUACGUAGCUACCAUGUGCAUGUAUGUCAUCAACGAUGCAAAGUAAUUCAUCCGAACAGAUGGUUUGUACGUAACGCUGUUACUAUACACUUCCUACCUUGGUAAA